AUGGUCGUCCGCGCGCUGGGGCGCGAGGGCCAGCACGACGCCGUCUGCUCGCUGCUCGACGAAAUGCCGCUCCCGCCCGGGUCCCGCCUCGACGUCCGCGCCUACACCACCGUGCUGCACGCGCUCUCCCGGGCAGGUCGGUACGAGCGCGCGGUCGAGCUCUUCGCCGAGCUCCGGAGGCAGGGGGUGGCGCCCACGCUCGUCACCUACAACGUCGUGCUCGACGUGUACGGCCGGAUGGGUCGCUCGUGGCCGCGGAUUGUCGCCCUCCUGGAUGAGAUGCGGGGCGCCGGGGUCGUGCCCGACGACUUCACCGCCAGCACGGUGAUCGCCGCGUGCUGCCGUGAUGGGCUUGUUGAUGAGGCGGUGACAUUCUUCGAGGACCUCAAAGCCCGGGGCCACGCCCCGUGCGUGGUCACGUACAAUGCGCUGCUCCAGGUGUUUGGCAAGGCCGGAGACUACACCGAGGCACUGCGCGUGCUCAAGGAGAUGGAGCAGAACGGCUGUCAGCCAGAUGCUGUGACGUACAAUGAGCUCGCUGGAACAUAUGCCCGGGCUGGGUUCUACGAGGAGGCUGCCAAGUGCCUGGACACAAUGACAUCCAAGGGUUUAUUGCCAAACGCAUUCACAUAUAACACCGUGAUGACAGCUUAUGGGAAUGUUGGGAAGGUGGAUGAGGCGCUUGCUCUGUUUGACCAGAUGAAGAAGAGCGGGUGUGUGCCGAAUGUGAACACAUACAAUCUUAUCCUUGGCAUGCUUGGCAAGAAAUCAUGGUUCACUGUGAUGCUAGAGAUGCUUGGAGAGAUGUCAAGGAGUGGAUUCACACCAAAUCGGGUCACAUGGAACACAAUGCUUGCAGUCUGUGGGAAGCGUGGCAUGGAGGACUAUGUCACCCGGGUUCUGGAGGGGAUGAAGUCUUGUGGAGUUGAACUGAGCCGAGACACCUACAACACCCUGAUAGCUGCAUAUGGUCGGUGUGGCUCAAGGACUAAUGCUUUCAAGAUGUACAAUGAAAUGACCAGUGCUGGAUUCACCCGCUGCCUGACCACAUACAACGCAUUGUUGAAUGUGCUAUCGCGACAAGGUGAUUGGUCCACUGCUCAGUCAAUCGUAAGCAAAAUGAGGACCAAGGGGUUUAAGCCGAAUGAUCAGUCAUAUUCACUACUGCUCCAAUGUUAUGCAAAGGGGGGCAACAUUGCAGGGAUAGACGCAAUUGAAAAAGAAGUUUACGGAGGUACUGUUUUCCCAAGUUGGGUUAUCUUGAGGACCCUUGUCAUUGCCAAUUUCAAGUGCCGACGAUUGGGUGGCAUUGAGAAGGCGUUUCAAGAGGUAAAGGCCAGAGGUUACAAUCCUGACCUCGUCAUAUUCAACUCCAUGCUGUCAAUGUAUGCAAAAAACGGGAUGUACAGUAAGGCCACCGAGAUCUUGAUUCAAUCAAGGAGAGCGGCCUGA